ACUGCGUCAUUCGGAUCAGAUGGCGGUGGUGGCGGGGAGUGGAUCGCUGAUGCUGCUGCACUGGCCGGCGGGGAGGAGGGGAUAACGAGGGGAUUCUCCGACGAGACUCGGUGGACAAAAUCUAAUAACUCCAAACAAACCGGAGUUUGAAUUAAGCGCAUGUAAACGGGACAGGACUUUAUUAAUCUGCUGCGUUAAAAGCCUCAUUUUCUCUCGCUACGGGCCCGAAGGCCUGAGGAUUUGAGUGAUUAUUGGAUCCAGAGUUUCAGCCGACACACAGAUCUGCCCUAUACAUGACGGAUAAAUGCUUGGAAGUCUGUUCUUGAGGGGCUAUUCCAUCUGUUCCCGAUUUGAACCGCCAAACCGGCUUAAUUUAGGACACAUUCGGACAUUUAAAUCAGAGUUAAAGGGAUGGUUUAUUUCAGUUAGCACGGCGGCUAAUAACGCGCUUAUUCACAAUGAAUCAAUAUUAGCCGUUAGCAGUUAGCAUGUGCUGUUAAUUUAAAAGAACAAAUCUGUAUUCAAUGAUCUCCGACCGAUAUUUUCUAGUGAUAUGCUGUCAGUCACCUGUCUUAUAUCCGGUUGUAUUGAUUACUCGGAUGCUAAAGCCUUAGGUCUUCUGUCUCACUGUCUCUAAAUGCAUGGAGUCCCGUUAUAUGACUGGCACAGACAGUAAAAUACCUCUUGAGUCUGGAGCAGCAAGACAGCACAGCAGUAAAUGCUGACUCCGUGUGUCCAUUACAGCCUUUCAUGCACCUUCAUUUAGUUUGAGUUCAUUCGUUGGAUCCAUUGAUUCACAUUUGAUGACAGAAGCAGCCUAGACGAACACACCUGAUCAGGUAGAACACAUACUUGUGUGUAUCAUCAUGGGAAAUACAGUGUCCUGCUGCGUGUCCCCCAGUGGAAGCCCCAAACUAUCCCGGCAGGUGGAGCGUCUGGAGGACUAUCAGAUCAACACAGACCUGAGCGAUGACACCGGUCCAUACUUGCAGCACAUCAGUGACCGAGAGGUGCCCGAUGAUCUGGCUUUAGAUUCCAACCCAUCAGAUCAUGCCCGUGCCAGCACGAUCUUCCUUAGCAAGUCACAGACGGAUGUACGGGACAGGAGGAAAAACAAUCACAUAAAUCAUGUCUCACCUGGUCUGCUUUCGAAGAAGUACAGCUCCUGCUCUACGAUAUUCAUUGAUGACAGUACCGUUAGUCAGCCCAACCUGAAAAGCACAAUCAAAUGUGUCACAUUAGCAAUUUAUUAUCACAUUAAAAACAGGGACUCCGAUAAGUCAUUGGACACCUUUGAUGAAAAAAUGCACCCCUUAUCUAGGGAACAGGUUCCUGAUGAUUACUCCCGCACAGACCCCGAACACAAACUCAUCUAUCGAUUCGUCCGGACGCUGUUCAGUGCAGCACAGCUCACAGCCGAGUGUGCAAUCGUCACUCUGGUAUAUUUGGAGAGGCUGUUGACGUAUGCCGAGCUGGACAUUUGCCCAUCUAACUGGAAGAGGAUUGUUCUGGGAGCCAUCCUACUGGCCUCGAAAGUCUGGGACGAUCAGGCCGUGUGGAACGUCGACUACUGUCAGAUCCUCAAAGACAUCACUGUUGAGGACAUGAAUGAGAUGGAAAGACAUUUUCUGGAGCUGCUACAGUUCAACAUUAACGUGCCGGCCAGCGUCUACGCCAAGUAUUACUUUGACCUGCGCUCUUUAGCAGACGACAACAACCUGAGCUUUCCUUUGGAACCAUUGAGCAACGAACGAGCACAGAAAUUAGAGGCUAUCUCAAGACUAUGUGAGGAUAAGUACAAGGAUCUGAGCAGAGUGGCCAUGAGGAGAUCAUUCAGUGCAGACAACCUAGUGGGCAUCCGCAGAUCCAAUGCCGUUCUUUCCUAGAGCUUUUUUUCUUGGAACAAUGGCCACUCCAAGACUAAAUUGAAUGGACAAAACUCGUUCUUUGCCCCACCUUUGGCUGUGACAUUAUGCCACCCCGAAAGAUCUUACAUCUUACCCAACCGUUGCAGAACACCAUAGAGACAAAACAGACUGAAUGGUUUCUUUUGUUUGUUUUUUGCUUACUAUGUAGGCUACUAGCUGUGAACUGUCAGUUUUUAAUUAAAAUAAUUUGCAGAUGGAGUAUUUUAAAUAAACACUAAUCAUGUAACAUGUCUGAAUUUAUGUUU